CCCGGCGCCUGUCGGCGGGCGGCGCCUCCUCUGCGGCAACCGCGCCUCGCUCAUUGCCGCAGCGCACACCCCGAUAGCUGCUUGCGGCUUGCCGCGGCCGCGCCGCCCUCGCGAGCUGUGGGUUGUGCCCAGCUGCCGGCCGACCCUGCGCGUCUUCGGGUGCUGCGGCGCGCCCUUUGCUCCCGGCGGGUGUGCAGGCGGCAUGGGAUAAGACGCCACCAUGGUGCGCCGAGAUCGCCUCCGCAGGAUGAGGGAGUGGUGGGUCCAGGUGGGGCUGCUGGCCGUACCCCUGCUUGCAGCCUAUCUGCACAUCCCGCCCCCCCAGCUUUCCCCUGCUCUUCACUCAUGGAAGUCGUCAGGCAAGUUUUUUACCUACAAGGGACUGCGCAUCUUCUACCAAGACUCUGUGGGUGUGGUUGGAAGUCCAGAGAUAGUCGUGCUUUUACAUGGCUUUCCAACAUCCAGCUAUGAUUGGUACAAGAUUUGGGAAGGUCUAACCCUGAGAUUUCAUCGAGUGAUUGCCCUUGACUUCCUAGGCUUUGGCUUCAGUGACAAACCGAGGCCGCAUCACUACUCCAUAUUUGAGCAGGCCAGCAUCGUGGAGGCGCUUUUGCGGCAUCUGGGGCUCCAGAACCGCAGGAUCAACUUGUUGUCUCAUGACUAUGGGGAUAUCGUGGCUCAGGAGUUGCUCUACAGGUUCAAGCAGAAUCGAUCUGGUCGACUUACCAUCAAGAGCCUCUGUCUGUCAAAUGGAGGUAUAUUUCCUGAGACUCACCGUCCUCUCCUUCUCCAAAAGCUUCUCAAAGAUGGAGGCAUGCUGUCACCCAUCCUCACGCGGCUGAUGAACUUCUUCGUGUUCUCUAGAGGUCUCACCCCAGUCUUUGGGCCAUACACCCGACCCUCUGAGAGUGAGCUGUGGGACAUGUGGGCAGGGAUACGCAACAAUGACGGCAACUUGGUUAUCGACAGUCUGUUGCAGUACAUCAAUCAGAGGAAGAAGUUUAGACGACGCUGGGUGGGAGCUCUGGCCUCUGUAACUAUUCCCAUUCAUUUUAUCUAUGGGCCAUUGGAUCCGGUGAAUCCCUAUCCGGAGUUUUUGGAGCUGUACAGGAAAACGCUGCCGCGGUCCACAGUGUCGAUUCUGGAUGACCACAUUAGCCACUAUCCACAGCUAGAGGAUCCCAUGGGCUUCUUGAAUGCAUAUAUGGGCUUCAUCAACUCCUUCUGAGCUGGAAAGAGUAGCUUCCCUGUAUUACCUCCCCCAUUCCCUUACCUGUUGUGUACUCCACUUAGGAAGAAAUGCCCAAAAGAGGUCCUGGCCACCAGACACUAUUCUCUCACAAAAGUCCACCUGACUCACACUGGUGAACAGCAGGUAGUAAAAAGCCAGCAGAAGCUCUAAGGGUGACCUAAUAGUCCACUUUCUGUUCCUUUGACAUCUGAUCAAGUGUAUGGACCUGCCCUUGUCUUUGUGGUAUUAGGAAAUUCUGAUGAGCACCACUAAUCACUUUUGUAGAAAGAAGACAGACAGACAUGCUUUUGCAUAAGUCUUUGAAAUGCUUCUGUGGACUUUUCUGAAAUAUUCAGAAAUGCUAAUUUCUGGCCCAACCUGAUUGGAAUUAUAUUUAGUGUAAGAAUGAGGAGAAGGUGUGUCCUUAACCUCUCCUUGAAUGGCUUUAAGGGCACGUGGUUUUUUAAGUUCUCUAAGCGGCACGCCUUCAAGUGAGAGUGAGUCUCCCUUGUCAUAACUUUGGGUUUAGUUUCAGCAGCUGCUUCUAAUUGUAGACAUUUUGUUAGAUCGUAGUUUAAGUAAUGCAGUAUUCUAAGUAUACCUUAAGACUAUGAUUUACCUACAUGUAUUAUAUAUACGUUUUUAUAAGGAUACUAAACCAGCAGACAUUUACUCUGGCAGAGCAGUUUAACCUUAUUAAACAUGUUUAAUUUCUGAAUAAAUUGAACUAAAUCCAAACUAUUUACAGAAUUUCCUAAAAUCACAGGACGUUAAGGACCAACAGCAUCUGUGCCAGAGAUUUACUGUUAUUUGCUGCUAGGACUGGUCUUUCCAGCUAAUGACAGUCGGACUCUUCAUACCUCAGUGCUUAGAAAUGUCCCUCCUGAGCUAGAGUGGAGGGGAGGGGAUCGUUGUCCAGUCCAAGUUACCAGGCUGAAUGUAUACUGAUUGCUUAACUUCUCGUUGGUUGUCCCAGAGAGGGUUCCUCAUGUAGCUCAGCCAUUCCUGUACUUUACACACAGGAAAGUUCCAGAAACUUAAAGAACAAAUUCUGAAAGGCCUAUGAGCAAAUGGUGCUGAAUACUUUUUUUUUAAAGCCACAGUUUCAUUGUCUUAGUUAAAAACAGGAUUAUUAAGUAAUUAUUUAAAAUUUUUUUUAUUAACAACUUCAAGUAUAACAACUGAAUCUGGAAUAAGUGUUUAUUUUCCAUUAAUAAAAAUGAAUUUUGACAAAAGUGGACUCUGGCUCCCCCUCCCCUACCACCCCUCUGGGAUAAAAGCUUUCCAACAUUGCCAGGAGCUUUCAGAUACACAUUAAAUUAAAGAAUAUAAUGAAGUUAAGCAGCUGGGGUAUAGGAUAGUAUCUGAUUUUCAAGAUCACCCAAAGCUGUUAUUAUUAUACCAAAGCUGACUGAGUGUAAUAAAAAGGAAAAGGAACAACAACAGAAAGACAUGCAUAAGGACAGACAUUUCCUUGAUCUGCUGGCUCAGGGCCAAACAUUUAAUUUGCUUCUCCAAAGUCAUUAAUUUUUAGAAGUAUGAUUCUGGGAAAUUCAUGCCACUGGCCUGAAAGCCCACUGACAGUGCCCACUGACAUCCGCUUCAUCUCGCCCAGUAAAAACUUAUCCAACAGAAGCCAAGAUAACAUCUACAGGUGUUCCCUCUUUGCUUCUGACAGUCACCUGCAUGGUCACUCCAUCUGCUAAGGCCAGCCUGGACCUCACCAACAGGUCACAGCCACCUCUGUAUAUACCUGAGAGAAAAAAAGUGAGGAAAACCAUGUUAAUUCAAAAACACUCUGAAUAAUGAAAUUUAUCAUACUCUGCCUGAAUUUCCUUUCUAUUAUUUUAGUCUAGCUUUUCUAGAGAUUUGUGCUUAUGCUGGAAAUUGAAUCUUAUAUACAAAUUCUAAUCUCUUAUAUUCCCAUAAUACCAGGUACAUAGAAGGUAUUCAAUAAUAUUGGUACAGAGUACUUAAAGGUGGGGGCAUUGAUAGCUGAAGGAGAGAUUUGAGUGUUUCAGGCCAAACAGACAUCUUAAAAGAACGAGCUAAGAGUAGCAUGCAAAUUACUCAUCCUGAUGGGGCUGCAAACUGUAACUCCUACAGUGAGAUAACGGGAUGGUAGCAGGGCGUGAGAGGCCCAUGCACAUCCUUUUCUAUCAAAUUUUGCAACAAAAUUAAGGGAGAACAUGAUAGAAGUCUCUUACCUGCCAGAUAGAGGGAAUGGGAAUUUUUAUUCUCAGGUACUUUGUCUGACCUCUCACAGGGCUGCAUGCCCAGAAAUGUGAUGAUGUUGUUGACAGCUUCUGUGUUGAGAAGAUUGAUGCAACAGUAUCAGAAAAGGUCAGUGUAGGGACCUGCCUCUGCACUGGUGUGUGCUGGGGGUGGGGGUGCACUGGUUGGGGCUGGUGCCAGUGCGUGGAGGGAGGCUGCAGGACUGGAAACUGGUUGACUCAGGUGAUGGACAGGGUUCUGGCCUUUUAAGUGAAACAGUUUAUGAAGUAUUUAAAGAAAAGGGAGUCCUUCUGGAAUAACAAAGAUGCCUAUCAGGUGUUAGACUGCUAUCAGGCAAUAUACAUGGGUAGCAAGCUUGUUCUUACCUUCAAGAGUUUUGGUAGAACUGAGGGCAAAGGUCUCCUCUUUCUCAAAGGUGUCUCCUAUCUCUUCCCAGGCAGCAGCGAAGUUAGGCUUCAUUACCUUCUGAAUGUGGUCAGACACAGUCACUUCAAGAUCUUCUAGCUGGUGGGUGAUAAGCAGGGGUCAGAAAAUGAAAGUCCUCUUAGUACAGAGCAAAGAUGGAAGAGACUAGUUAAUCUGGUUUUAUCAUGCUGUGUUAUAGUCUUUGCAGGAGCCUAGAAAAACUCUACUACCAAACUAGUUUUAAGUUCUGUAGCCUGGAUAAAUCUAAUAGUGUAGGCCCUCGCAAAGGAGAGCAAGAAAGCAGGCCAUCUGGCAAGAGCCAUAUUCAGAUCAACAUCUGUAGCCUGAGGGUACAGAGCAGUCAGGUUGCCACAAGUAACCACCGAGUUCAGGCCCUACAGGGCCUUCUGAACUCCGCAUUCACUAAAAGGUUGAUUUUUUAAAAAACUUUUCCCUGCAUUCUAAUGUGAAGGCUUUUCAGUCCACAAUGUGGUUCAAUUAUAAGCAAACUAAAAGCUGCUGCACAACAACAAACUCCCCCCAAAACCAAAGAAGUCAGUAGUUUAAAUAAAACUGAUCUCAGUGAAAAUUUCAAUGAAAAUGUGAUUAUUUUCAUGUCUUAAUUAUCCCUAUUAUAAAGACAAAAAAGAGUGGGUUUUGUUUUAAUCAGUCAUGAAGUGGUAAAUCCCAAUUCUCUGUGGCAUGAUGCACUCCCACUACAGAGGAGGAGUAGCCCAGGUCCUCCUCAGCUGUAAUCUGUUUGAAAAGAAUAAAAUCCCAUAAGUUGAUGUCAUAUGUUCCUAGAAAAAUAUUCUCUCCAGGCAGAAGUCCCUCCGUGGUUCACGGGGUCCAAGUGAGUCUCUGUGCAGGGGAGACUCACCACGUACUCAUCAUCAUACCCCUCCUCCACUGGAACCCCCGUGUCAGGGUCGCAGUCCCGGACGGUGAACUUCAUGGUGCAGCUAAAGGUGCCUGCAACUGGAGGAAAAAGAACAGGUGAGCCUAUGUCAGUGGGCAGCGCAAGCACAGUCCCCAUCAGUGGCUUAGGAAGCACCACCUGCCCUGGGCUCUGUUCUGUACUGUCCAGUGAAACGUGCAGGCUGCUUCCAGGGCUGUAGUUCUUACAAGCAGCCUGUAGGCUGGACUUGCCCCGCCGUGGGUGUGAGUGGUAUGGAGAAGACCACAUGGGCACGGCUCCGUUUUCCUAUUCAGAUAUAGAAAGCAGGGGGUAUAGCUCAGCGGUAGAGCACCUGACUGCAGGUAAGGACGGCAGUAGGGGAGAUACUUUUAAAGGGGCUUUUGGCCAUGCCUGUCGAAACGUAAGAACCACUACUUUGGGAGCCGAUAAACAAAGCAUAAAAUGUGGAUGGUCAAAAGCACACAUCAUUAAAUUAGUACUGGCCAAGUCCAUCGGAGUCUCAGUAUGUUUAGAGGUACUGUCAUUAAUAUCUGUAGAUUGUGGACGGACAGUGGGUUCAUAAGUCACCAGAAUGAACUGGCUUCGUGACAGCUUUCAACCUACAGUGAUUAGGUCAGUCAGUAAUGAAGUUCUGAUGUUGGUAAAAUGAGUGUCUUACAGUGGAAAAUCAAGUGGGCAAUUAUAUGUUUUCAGAUAAUGGGUGGAAAUGAUCAGAAAUGAAGGAAUAUGAAGUCUUCAUGAAGAAGGUAGGAGUUUCUGAACUGUCUGAAGGAGAGGAUUUAUUAAUCAUGGAUAAAGAGAAGGCAUUUAGAAUCUAGGGUCUAAUCCAUGGUCUGGAAAAGGCUUAUAAGUAGAUUUUACAUGCACACACACACACACACACACAUACUAGAAAUCGGGAAGUUGGAAAGUUAUUUAGAGGAUAGGCAGGAACAAGAAAGAAUAAACUCAAAUGUAAAGACCAUAUAUGACGGGCUGGCUAGUGAGACUUUUAUUUGCUCAGUCUUAAUUUAAACUCACUCCCUUCAUCCAAAAUGUGGAAAAUGUCAAUAUGUUUACAAUAAAAGGUGUAAACGAAUGUGCCAGACCCUUAGAUAAAAAGAUGACUGAGACAUGAGCUCCUUCCUCACGAGCCCAUUGUCUAGGAAUUGGGUAAGAUCUACCUAGAUACACCUAUGACAUUACAAUUUAGUGUCACAGGUUCUCUAAUAUAAGGUUUAAUGGAGUGCUGCAUGGGAGUGCAGGAUUAACAGCCUGGUAAAAAUUUAAAAAAUUUGUAAGGAUAUACACACAGUUUAACUGGAUUUCAAAAGAUGCAAAGGGGCUUUGGCAAGCAGAGGAAGGUACACAAGCUAAAAGAAAGGCCAGAAAGGCCAUGGUGUAAUUGGAAACAGUAAGAGAGAUGCUAAUACACAGGUGCUAAGAAGAAAAUUUGUUUAGGAACAAAUCUGAAAUAUCUUAUAUUUCAGAUGAAGGAGACUAGGUAUUUUCCAGCAGGCUCUAAUGAGCUGAGGCAUUCGAGAGACUGAAAUGUUACGGAUAAUUAAAGCCACUGGUAGGAAUCCUAUGAAGAAUAGAUCUGAAUUCAGAGAGCAAGUAAAUUUAAUAGAUGUUAGUAGUGGGUUGACCCCUGUAUAUAGGAAAGUGUACCUAUUGAGACCACAGAAUCUAUUUUAAUACAGUAGGGGACUGAUGAAAGAAUGACCUUUGUUAAGGUAGGGUGUUCUGCAGGAGGAAGGAGGAAGAAGAAAAGAAGUAGAAAUAAACACAAACCUAGAAUGGGUCAGUUGAGGUAUUUAAAAAAAUUAAAGGAGCAAAUUGGAUUGUGGUAUAGACGAAGGUCAUGAUCAAAUUAAAAACAGAGAGGCAGGAUAGAUGUUGAGUAACAGAUGGUGAUAUGAACCCUAGUUUCAUUCAUGGAGGCCGCAGGCAAAUGAGGAAGAGGAAAAGGGGGAGACAAUCAGGAACAAUGGUAGAUCACAGACUGGGCAAACUGGAUUUUACGUAUAAGUAAAGACAGAAGACAUAUAUCUAAGUGAUAAGGAGAAAUGGAUUAAGGAAGCAAACAGGAAUGGUAUUAAUACAAAUAAUGUUCCUGGAACAAAUGGUUUGGUUAAUACAGUGAGGUUACAGGGAAUCUAAGGUGAACUCCAGUAAAAACCAUUGGGAGCAGUGUCACUGUUGUGAGAAAGGAUGAGUAACGCUGGGUGAUGAGGAGGAGGGGUGAGAGAGCCUUUCCAUGCCAACAUAAUAAUGCUGAGUCCACUGCCAUAUUUAAAGAUGAAAGGUUCAUGAACAAAGAAAGGCAGAAAACCAGAAGGAGUAAGAGGAGAAUACCCUGCAGAUCUACAUUAAAACUGUUCUCAGAAAUGAGGCUUAUUUUAUAAGGAUUGACUGAAAAUAAGAGACAACUACUGAGGAGACUUGUGUGAAGAAAAACUUAGAAAUGCAGAAUCAGCACGGGAACCCUGGUGGGAGUUGCCAGGUCUCAGCCACUGGAGGGAAUCAGAGAAAAGAUGGAUGCUAAGAAAGGAAGGAGCCGUGUGAAUUAGGCUGGGGUGCAGGGCAUGCAGUGUGGCAUAUGGCAUCACGGGACUAAAUAAAUGGGGUCAUGAGGAGAUCCCAGAAUGCUUUGUUGGAAUGACAGUUACAGAAAAGGAUGUGGUCACUAGGGCAAAAGAGGGCGGGAGGGAUGGACCUGAAACACAGGCCAGCCGCAGCAAUCCACACAGGUCUGGACUGAGCCGAGAAGGAACGGAUGCAGGAAAGUGUGCAGGAAAUCAAGGCAGAUGAAAGCAAGUCGAGCAGUGGGUGCCCAAAAUGAGGACUACAUGCCUGUCAGGAAAAUGCUACCUAUGUGGCAGGAGGGAUGCUGGAGGUAAGGUUUUUCUCAAGGAUAAAUAUGGGGGGAAAUGAAGAAAGGUAUAGAAAAAUAAGGUUAAAGUUGCCCUCAGAUGGCAAGGAGUGGGUAAGGAAUAACUGACAUCAGCUGGAAGAACAAGACAGCAUUCCUGGGCCAAAAGUCACAAGGGAAUAAGAAAGAAAAGAGACUGGAAGCAAAGAAAGGAAAUGCUAUAGAGUGGCGAGCAUUUGAGGCAGAGCAGGUGUGGAAUUAGGACCUUGAAUGGGGAAUCCUGGCAGAGCUCAAAACAGGUCUAAUUGGUCACAUUUUGGAUGUAGAGACUGUACUGCAAUGAGGAUUAUACAGAGAGUGAGGAGUGAGGACCUGAGUAGUAGAUUAGCUCCUGAAGCACCAAUUUGGAGGGAAAUUGUUAAAGGACUCGGGUGACAGAAAAGUUUUAAAGAAGCUGCUUAUGAUGAAUGCUGAGAAAAACCUAUUGCUGGCAACUUUACAGAGAUGAGGUUCCUUACUAGAGGGUGAGAACAGGUGUUUGUCCAGAGAAGAGAUGAUUGUAGUAGAUGAGGAAUGGGUGAAGAUUCUGAGGGAAUCCAUCUGAAGAGAGGUAAUCUGCAUCCAUUCCUUCUGUAGAGAGAUGGUAAGUGAAAGGGUGACGGGCAGUUAAGAGAUGGGAGAUGACUGCAUAGUGCGCCAUUAAAACUGGUUGUUCUUAGAAGUGACCCUGCCAUGGCUAAAAGUGACAGACAUUUCCUAGGGAGACUUGUAUGACAAUAUCAUGGAGGAAGAGAGAAGGAAGAUGGAGGCUGGAAGCUGAAAACAGAGGGAAGACACAGGAUCUGAGCAGGGUGCCGCCUAUACGGUGUGAGUAGGGAAGGGCAUUAAAGGGGGCCAGAAUGAGGAACACUGGAAAAUGGCAGGGCUGCAUAUGAAGUAGAGAGGUGUGAGCUAAGCUAGAUUACAGCCAAAGAAGGAGAGAGAAUGAGGUGGAAGUGGCUACUAAGGCUGGUAUUAACGAGGGAGUCCCUCACUGAUGUCUGGGGACCUUUGCUUGAAUGGUAUUUGAAGCAACAAGUGUGACCAGUGAGUGAAAUGUUAGAUUCUAAAUGGGAUGUAUCCAAGCCACGGCCAGUGGAAGGAAUCCCAUGAAAGUUGGCACCGAACUGAGAGGGCAAAUGUAUUCAGAAUAGUGUGGAGGAAACAAGGAAGAUGAAAGAAAACAAUACUCAGUUCAUGAGGAAUGAUAUAAAGAUGGCAGCUGAAAAGCCGAGUAACUGUGUAGGUAGCACAGGUGUUUCUCUAGGGUCAGUCAAGGAAAGGGUGGAAGAGCCUACAGAAGAGAUGGGGUCCUUUGAAGCUGGCAGGUACUAGCAGGAGGGAUAUGGCACCGUACUUGUACCAAAGGUCAUGAUUAGAUAAGGAAGGAGAGACUGGAUGCUCUGUAAAGGGAGCACCAUACAAAGAGGUGCAGAGAGCAGGUGGAGUGGCACGGGCAGACAAGACGAGGGAGAGAGCUUCCCAUGGGGGAGGUUUUACGAUGGGUCGGCUUGGUCAAAUGAUGGCUUGUAAUACCAGACUGUGAAAAGCAGUACAUAUGGUGGAAGAAUAGGGCCUGAACAAUAUGGGAAGUUUUGGUGGGAAGUUUUAGGUAGGAGGUUUAGAAGGAGAUGGAUUAAGAUAUGAACCCUGAUGUAAAAACACACCAGCAACCUUAGAGACACGAGGAUAAAAAUCUCUGAGUCAUUUGUCUGUAGCAUGGAUGACUAAUCCUGGGAGAUGACUGGCUAAGGAUCACGUAAGCUCCAGAGUAAAACUUCUGUUAUUUCCAUGUACAGAUGGUAGAUGAAAUUAUACUAUAUGUAACUAAUCAUGUGGGAGGGCAAACCACCAAAGGGAGAUACAAAUGCGUAUCAUGCCAAUGCCACAUUAAAGUUAUUCUUAUUUACUCUGUCAUGUGAAGAUUCUCUGAAAGUCCUAGACAGCUACUGGGGAGAGAACCUGGCUAGGGAGUGCCGUUCUGGAGGAGACUGAAUCCACCUGAAUGAAUAUAGACGGUAGCAAAAAGAAGAGGAAUUGAAGAUAUAAGGUAGUAUAUUUCUUUAGGGCAAGACAGGUAACAAGGGAAAAGGAACGGGAGAGUAACAUUACAGGCGCCCCCAGAUUAAAGAAGGUCAUCCGAAGAAUGAUAGGUAUUGACUGGAGGGAGCAGAUCCCAUAUUUGGGCCAAAAGACACAGAAGAAGUGGGGCUAAAGCUAAGAGGAGUGUUGCAGAGACUGGAGAGCGAUUCUGAGUAGGUGGCCUGGUACUAAGAAAAACUCCAUGCACCAUACAGAUCCCAGUAUGAAGAAUCCCAUCAGAUGUGAACAUGGGCCUAUCUGGUCCGUAUGUGGGGUAUAAGCUGGACUGCAAUGACUAGUGGACAAAAUGGGAGAGAAAUAAAGGUCUGAAAAGAAGCAAACUUGCUCUUGAAGCCCUGGUGGGAAAUUUUUAAUUAAAGGGCUUGUUGAAGGGAAAGUUUAGAGCAGUGCUUCUUAAAAUGUGUUCUGUCAGCACUGUCUAGGAAUAUUUAGCAAUAUGAAUUCUUUGGCCCCACCAGUCCUACUGAAUCAGAAAUUUGGGGUGGGGCCCAGCAGUGUGUAUUUUAACAAACUGCAGUUUGAGAGCCACUGCUUUAGAUGAAGGCAGAUUAAAAGUAAUUCUGAUAAAAAAAAUCUUUGCUAGCAAGCUGUCAUAUUAGGAUUAGCUGAAAAUUACAGAAGCAACUGAGGAGACUUGUAAGAGAGGAGAGAAUGGAGAGUGAAAAGGGGAAAAGGGCCAGAUGAAUCAGGCCGGGGGGGACCUGCAGGAGAGUAACGUGGCCGAUGGUGAGGGCAUCAGAGAGCGCUAGAGUGACAACUGUCAGGACACGGGAGGGUGGGAACUUUAACAGUGAUUUUAUGUUAAUCCGGAUCACAGCCACUCAGAGAGAGAGGGAGCAAGGAGGGAAUGUGGCUAAAUAAGAGCUGAGAUUAUGAGGGGGAACUGUUCAGGAAGCUGUGUGGAGAGGCUAACAUGGGAUGGAACUAUAAUCCAGUCCACAGAGUCUGAUCAGUGAACGCUGAAUAUGAGGAAUCCGUUUAUCUAGAAAGAGCACCGUAUUAUGGGAGUGAUGUGUAUAUGCGUAGUCUCUGAAUGAAGGAGUGGUGCUGAACAGAAGGUAGUUUCUAAGGCGAAAUAAAGAAAAAGGAGUAAAAUAGCAAAGUUAAAAUUGCUGCCAGAUGACAAGGUAUCACUUAAUAUUGACACAGAAAUGGUCACUGAUACUAAUGGGAAGCAUAUGGCACCAGGCCUGGGGAAGAUCUUGAUGAGAAAGGGAGAAGACAGGUUAGAAACAAUCUAAUGGAAAGACUUGUUUAAAGAGUAGAAAAUUGGUGUUGAGUGAGGAAGAGAAUGGGGAUAAGGAGAGGAGGAAACCUCAAAAAGACUAGGCAUUCAUCACUAUGAAAGGUUAAGAUACAUGGGGGAAUUCUCCAGAGGGAAAUUGGAAAGAAAGUCCUAUAAAAGGGAUGUUAAAGAUAGAUUCAGAAAUUAAGGAAAUAUAUUAGGAUUUGCAGAAAGUGAGAGAAGCAGCUGAGGAGAAUGGUAUGAAAAAAAUAGCAAAGAAGGAAAGAGCAAAAGAUGGAGGCUGGAAGCUAAAUAAGGAAAAAGUGUGUGAGUGAGGCUAGGGUACAGAACAUGCAGUGUAGAAAAAUAAACCUGGAAGGGCAUUAAAGAGGGCUAAACGGGAACAUUAGGAAAUGGGAGUUGGAUAUUUGUCAGAAUUAUGCAUUAAGAUGGAGAGAAAGUAAGGUAAAAAUGUAGCAAAGUAAGAAUUGGAGUAUGAGGUUUUGCUGUCCAGGGUUCUUUUUUGGAAAAAUACUAGAAAUAAUAGGUGUGGUCAAUAUGGUGAAAGGUCUGAAACAGGCUAAGUGGGAUGGACACACAAGACGGGCCAGUGGCAGGAAGCCUAUGGACGUUUAUGCUGCACCGAGAGUACAAACGGAUGCAGUAAACAAUGUAGGACACAAAGGGGAGACGGCAGGGGUGGAGCAGCCAGUGCCUGACAGGAGGGGAGCAUCUACCCAAAGGGACAGCUGAAUCUGUAAGCAUGAUGUCUAUGCAGGUGGAAGCUGAAAGGAGGGACAUGGCAGCAUGUUUCUCCAAGGCAAAAUAAGAAACAGGAGGAAAGGAAUGGAAGAGCAAAGUGAAGGUUCCUGCAGUUGUGAAGAGAUGAUCUUAGAAAUGGCAUCAAUUGACUAGUGGAUUAUGGCACCAUAUUUAGACCAAGGUUCUGCUGGAAUAAGAAGAAGAGAGUUUGUCAGUUGCGUAAAGGACCACUGUAUGAACUAGAGAAGUCUUUAGAGUAAACGGAGUGGCAACAAUACAUAUCAGGUGUGUAAUAAAGAGACCCAGAAUGGAGAUUUUUCUUCUAUAAUGUAGCAAAUAAUAUCACAGGUAUUUCAAAAUUAAAAUGUCCUUAUAUAUAAAGACGAUUAACUAACUCAAAGUAAGGUUAGUUUAUGAUCUUAAUAUUAACUACAGACAUAUAAAUUAUAAUUUAGGCUAACAUAUGAGACCCGUAUGAUUUGUAGUAUCACAUGCACUGAACACUUUUUGAUUAAGACAUUACUUUUUAUUAAUUAAUUUAGUUGACUACAAAAUGUUGUGAUUUUCUAAGUGAUAAUUACUUUAUCUGAUGCACCAAACCAGUAGAAGUAGUUUAGGAAAGAAUGGAGAUCUUGAAAUGGGUUUGAAUACUCAAAUUGGAUGGGAAGGCCCAAUGGUAAUGAAUGGUACAUCUAACAGAGUUUCAAGGACCUGGAGAGAAGUGGGAAUUAGAGAAGGGCAUUAAUGCUGUGAGUAGAUUUUUUUUUAGUUAACAGGAAAGUUUAAGGGGAGUUUUAUUAUGAUGAAUUCUCCUAAAAUGACAUUGUAGUACUCUUAAAACACAUCAGGAUUGACCAGUUGGGAACAUGGGCCAGUGUUUGUCUAUAGAGAAGAUUGUGUUUCUUGAGGAAUGGUUGGGAAUCAUUAGGGAAGUAAACCCUAGGAGAAAAAUACUGUCUCCACUGCUGUGAUACAGGGUAGCAGCUGAAUGGCUAGUGAAGACAUGGCAGAGUGUGACAGAAUGAGAAAGAAGAGGAGGGUCUUAAUCUACGUAAUGGGAGCACUGCAUGAAUUAGUGGGGUUCUCAGUAGUCAGAGGAGCAAAAAGGCAAAUAAGAUGUGGACUAAAGAGACCCAAAAUGGAGAAGUCUGUCAGAUUUCAGGAGAGUUCUAACUGGUUAAAACUGUUUGGUGUUAAAGAUUAUAAUGAGUGGUAUAUAUAAUGAGAGAGAAGUAAAGGCCUGCACAGGAGUGAACAGGAGUUAGAAAGUAGACUAGCAAUUAAAGUCUUGAUGGGAGAAAUUUUUUUUAAGAAUUUAUAUAUAUCUACAUAUAUUUAAAACCCUCAAAGACAGCAUUACCUAUUGAAUAUUUAUAUGAAUAUUUAUAACAAUUAUAAAAUAUGUAUGAGGAAAAGUAUCAGAUUAUUUGGUGAUUUUCUCUUAGAAGGGAGAGAGGUAAAUAAUUCUAAAGUGGUACAAAGGAAGUUUCAAUUAUAUGUACAUUGUUUUAUUUCUUUAAAAAAAUCUCAAUCAUAUAUAGCAUAAUUUUAAGAUAUAAAAAAGUAGGGUAGUAGGUGUAUGAAUUGGGGGGGAACAGAACAUUUUAAUUAAAGGGCUUGGUUGAUAAAAACAGUUAGAGGGGGAAGAUUAGGAUGAAUCUUGAUGAAAAGCCAUUGACAGCAACCUGAAAGAUGUUGGUUUGACCAACUGGAGAAUGUGUGGGUGGUAGUUUAUCUGGUGAAAAGAUGAACUGUAUUUGGUAAGAAGUGAGUGGGAGUAUAACUCAAGAGAAGACUAAUUAAUGUAAUCACUGUGAUUAGAGAUGGAAGCUGAAAAUAUUAUAUGUGUGUAUAUGAUAGGGCAAAUAAAGGAAAUCACGAAGACCUCGUUGAGGUAUGAUGGUAAAGUCUUCAGAAAUUAAAGUAUCAUGUUAGGACUGGCUGUGAGAGAAACCACUGAGACAUGUGUUUUUAAAAAGAUAAAGAAGGAAAAAGUAGAAAAAAAUUGAGGCUGAAAUCUAAAUGAGGAGAAGGAGUGUAGGCUAUAGGCUGAGGUGCAGAGCAUGCAGUUCUGCAGAAUGUUGAACAGGGAAAGGUACUGAAGAAGGCCAGGAGGAGGAACACUGAGAGACCAGAAUCAGAAGUUCAGUGAAGAGCUCUAUGGUAAGGCAGAUGGCAACCAACUGAAGAAAGAGGUGAGAAUAUCACUAGAUAAGAACUUGUAUGAUGUGUUGCUGCUCAGAAAGCUUUGUUGGAAAAAGAUUUGAAGCAAUCAGUGUAGUCAAUAGAGUGAGAAGUUAGAGAGUGAUUAAACGUGAUUAAAUGUGACUUCAAAUAGGCUGGAGCAGGAAUCUUAGGAAGGUCCAGACUCAAUGGAGAGUGGAAACAGAUUUCAGUACAGAGUGUAGGACGUAAGGAAGAUGAAGGCUAAAUUCUAAGUGCUGAAUAUCAAAAGUGUACAUUCCAGAAGAGAGAAUUAGAUUCACCGGAAUGAUUCUGCUGAAAGAAGAAGGAAUGCUGGAGGAAAUGUAGGGAGUUUGCAGCAGCAGAAGAAAGGAGAAAAGAAAUAGAAGACCAAUGUGCAAGUUGCUUGUGGAUGGAAAAACAUUAUUUAAAUAGUCAUACUGAUGGGAGAAACGGCUACUGCUCCGUACUUAGGCCAAAGGUCAUGACAGAAUAAAAAGAAAGUAGAGAGGAUCGCAAGUAAGUAAAGGGGCCUUAUAUGAAUUAGAGAGCAGUUCUGAGUAGAUGGAAUGGCAACAAGACAGAUCAGGUGUGAAUGAAACAAACACAUAACUGUCAAGUCUCAGAACUCUGUGCAGAAUGAAGGAGGACCUGGGGUCUGAAAAAGAACAGGACCUGGGCAGGAUGGCUCUUGAAGUUUUAGUGGGAAAGUUACGACUGAAGUGAUUGCUUGCUAGGAAAGGUUAAAAGUGAUGGAUUAGGAUCAAUCCUAGGGGGAGGAUGUAGCUCAAGUGGUAGAGCGCAUGCUUAGCAUGCACAAGGCCCUGGGUUCAAUUCCCAGUACUUCCUCUAAAGAUAAAUAAAUAAACAAACCUAAUUACCUCCACAGAAAUAAUAGUAAAUAAAAUUAUAAAAAAGAAAAACAAACAUGACAUUUUUAAAAAAAGAUCAAUCCUGAUAAGCCAUUGGUGGAAAUCUUAAAAACAUCACCAUUGAUUGACCUUUUAGAAGAUGUGGAUUGGAUACUUUUUCUAGUGGAACAAAUGAAUACUACAGUUGAGGAGUGGUUGAGGAUCAUGAUAUUAAACCUCAAGAGAAUAACACCGCAUUCACUGAUAUAUUAUAGAGUCUCUGGGUGAAAGAUGAGGAAAAUAUUUAAGAUCUGGUAGGGCAAAUAUUCAAAAGGAGUUACGGAAGACCCGCCUAUGAGUGUGAUGUUAGUUUGCUGAGAUGUUAAAGAAUCAUGUCAGGACUGGCUAAAAGUGGAAGAAGCAACUGCAAAGACUUGUAUAAAAAAAAAGAUGCUAGUUGGGGAAGGGAUGUACGAAUUAGGGCGCAUUUUAAAUAUGCAAGAUGCAAAAUGGAAAAUAUUACUGAGACCAGAGGAAGGAAUGCAGGUUUCACCAGCUCUCCACUACUAUCAGAAUACUUGUUAACAUGAAAAGUUUUUCUCUGUGUAUGUGCUCGGGGAACUCAGUACGGUGAGUUAGCAUUCUUGUGCUGGCAAAGACUUCAGAGUUCACAGGUCUGUUCGGGAUGGUGUAUGUUUGCUGUGGUCAUAGUUCUUCUGCUGAUAGGCUUCCUUCCUGUGCUCCGAGUUUUUAAAUAUGUUGUGCAUUAGUCCUGUCAUCUUCCCUGCAAUAUCUGUGGAACACCUCCAGCAGUUCACCAGUUGGUAAGUAAAUGUUUCCCAAAAGUUUCUUAUUCAUAUGUUGUAUUUUAAAGAUGUAUAUGUACUUGUUAUUUCUCUUGAGAACCUUUUAUUAUUCCAGGCAGUAUAAAAGGAGAAUGCAAUUACAAUCAUAUCAUAGUAUGGGGUCACUUUGUACUACAUAACAAACAUGUACACUAAUGAAUGAAUUUUAUGUUAAAUAAUUACAUGGUUGUCCUUUAAAAUGGUUUAUAGUAUAAGAAAUACUUAAAAGUUUUUAUAAUGGUGUUUUUGUGAUGGUUGAGAAAAUAUGAUAGUUUUUUUUUAAAGGAAGAUGGUUAUGGGCUUUCUCAAAUUUAAGAUAAUGCUGUGUAAGUGUUUACUAACAAAAACUGUUAUUCAGCAUAUUUUAAAGCAAGGAUAAUGAAGAUUGCUUGUACUUGUGAAGGAUCUGAGUCAGGAAGAGAAUUGUGUGGUGAGGCAUUUCUUAAAGGAAGAAAGCGGGGAGAUAAAGUGAUAACUGAAAGUGAGACAUAAGGUCAGUAUCCAGGAAAGUAAGUUUGCAUAAAAAGUGCAGUCAACAGAAAGGUUAGAGACAGGUUCAGGAAAGUGGACCUAAAACAAGGCAAGUUACAGGGAUCCUAGUGGAAUGAAUAGAAAACCAAAGCAAUUCAGCAAAAUAUGUAAGAAAGAAUAAAUACAGAAACGGAUUGAGCAAUGGAUGUAGAAAAAAAAGAGGAACCAAAGAGGAUGGUAUUAGUGAAUGUAUAGAGAAUGGUACAUACUCAGUAUAUGGAUGGUUAAUAAAAGGUAGAAUAGGGGGAAAAAAAAGAAAAUGGGUGGAAAAGCAGAAUUUAACUUUAGAUGGGAAAGAUCAUGUGAGGAACGGCAUAGUAAAAACAGGGUUUGGCAUUCUACAAUCUAAUGGAACAAGGAAGACUAUAGUGAUAGAAACUAAGUAAAAAGAGCAAUGUCUGGAAGAGACAGUUCAGAGUAAGUAGAUUAAAUAUUGGGUAAAACAGUUUCACAAUGAAGAGACCCUUAUUGAGGGCAGUAGAAGUAUUGCAUUAGUGAAGGAAGUGGACAGAGGAUUAAAGAUGGGCCAAAAGUAUUGAAGCAAGUGAAGGCAGGAUGGAAGCGAGUCAGAGGGCAAAUACAUGCAUUAGAGCGGAAUAUUAGAAGAGGGCAAAGUGGGAAAGUCAGACUGAGUUGUACAUUCAAUCCAAUUCUAAACAAAGGAAGGGAAAAGAGGUUAAGAAAUAGAUAAAGAGGAAUUCAGGUGACAUGGGGGGAAGGGUGCCAUGGCAUGGGAUUGAAAACUGCACAUCCAUAUCUAGAAAGGACUUCUAACUUCAUGAGAAACAUGGUACUGGACAAAUGGAAUGGGGGCCGGAUGAGGCAGCGGGUUUAAACACAGCAGAGAAGAGAAAGAGGUACAAGACAGACAUGCAGAGCGAGAGUUACACACAGGACUAAAGGGGUCCCUGAGAAGAAACAGAAAUGAGAUGAAAAUAUCCUUAUUCAAUAAUAGAGGAAAUAAACGUGGGACAAAGGAGAGGAACACUGCACGGAUUACAGACAGAGACAGUGAAAGAAAAGAUUACAGAAAGCCCACUGUGUGCGAGGGAGGGAAAGAGUGAGUAAGGUGGCGGGACAAACUUGUCACAGUAUAUAAACUUAAACCAUAUUAAGUAUCAAUAAAAGAGGAGAAAACGUUAAGUGGGAAUGACAAGAAAAUCAGGUUAAGAAGAGGGGGUUAUGGGUAUGUGUACCUUUUUAUAGCUGAGUUCAACAAAGGUUCAAGUUUUCAACAAGAUCUACAAGAGACGGAAGACAGUCUGGCAAUGAGAGUGCAAUAGAGGGACAAGGGAUGACAGGAAAAGGUUAGAGCGUGUACUACAAAAUAUUAAAUGUGGAAAACAAUGUGUGCUCCAAUGAGUAGGUUCCCAAAGUUCAGCGGUAACAAGUGAACACUAAGCACUUUGAAAACAAUUAACAUAAAACACUGAAAUCAAUCAGGGAUGGUUUAGAAAGUUAAGUAAAAAGAAAGUCACACUCAACACUGAUUCUUGACUCAGAGGGAGGACAGACCUAAGAAAAUGGAAAAUAGAACUCUGGAACCUAGACUGGGGUUUGGGACGUGACAGCUGAAGGGACUGCAUGGUUCAAAGAGGACAGUGCCGGGCAGUGUAAGAGUGGGCUCCGUGCUGGUAUCUUUGAGGAACAAAUGUCAGUGGCAACUGCUGGAAGCCAGGGGCGGGCAAGGGGAGAGGGCAGCCCAGGGGGCCAGGCUGGUUGUGCACAGCAGUGAUUCUUCCCGAGGGGGGGGGUGAAUUUCACCCGAGGGAGGGCUGUGGGCAUGGACCCCAAGGGAGGCCUAGCAACACAUCUGAGGGUGAGCAGUGCUCUGCUCAAAACCAAAACAAAACCAAAAAAAUCCAAACAGAAAACACAAAAACAUUCCUGAAAGAUGAUGUUGAUAGGCCAGCCUUGGGGGUCAUGCAUCCUCGGGUGAGAAUCACUGGGGGGGGGGGCAAGGUGGAGAGCUGGGCAGUGGGGGGGAGGGCGGGCACGAGCAGGUGAGCCGCUGAGUGGGGGCAGAUGCAGGCAUCAGAGUCAAGACUGGGAGACGUGGAGGAAAAGGACUCAGGACCAGGCAGACAGCGAGCAAAUGGAUGUAGCCAACAGGGCCUCUGGAAUGAUGGGGGGUGGGCUUGUAUUAGCAUCAAUGGACCGGGAGUGAAGUGCCAACUUUUUGGUCCCAGAGCUGAGGAUGCUUGUGAUAUAAGGCUGAGAGAUGGGAGUGGCAACUGAAAGGAAGCUAGGUGUGCAUACGUGAGCGCAGGGCACCGCAGGGGAUGUACGUAGCAAAGGAAGGGGUGGAAGAGACGGGACAACACUGAAGGAGAGCAUCUGGGAGAGAGAUGACAGCCCGGGAGGGAAGAGAAGGAGGUCAGAAGCAGUGUCCAGGGCUCUGUGGAGGGGAUGUGGGGGUUGGCGGGUGUGGAGGCAAGAGGGGGAGGGCAAAAGGCAAAAGUGCUGUGAUGAAAGGAUAAAGGCAGGAGAAUCAGGGGAAGGGUUCCCCAAGAGCUGUGCUCGAAGAGCGUGAAACAAAGGGGUCUGAAUGGAAACAUGAAAGGUUAUGUGGCGGGGCCUGGAGGAAGCAUAGCCUGGGUUCACAGGACAUGAGCACGGGCUGGGGGGCGGAGGCUGGAUUCAGUCUAGUGUGUCCGAAGCAAAGAUGACCGACCUGGGCUGAGCAGCGGAUGGGAGAAUGAGCAGGGAGGAGACGGCAGAGAAGACGGCUGAAUCCGGCCGGAAGACUCACAGCCCGUAGCUGAAAGUGCCGCACGUGAGAGAGAGGGCAAAGCAGGAGCCAGGGUGCAGAUCAGGGGCGCCGUCUCCCCCUGGGGGAGUGUGGCAGAGGAGAGGCGGUCCGGGGGGGGGGGGAUGGGCAGGUGAUGGUCCCUUGCAGCUAAAGAAUGAGAGGCUUGUUGAGAGGAUCAGAGUGUGUACUGCAUCAAGAGAGGGAUUACAGAGAGCCUGAAGGAGAAGUGGAUGUGGAGAACACAGACAUUCUGCCUCCAAAAGUGAGCCACAGUUGUGGCAAACCCCAUGCAGGAGGCAGGGCACAAUGUGGGUAAGGCCAGCAGGGAACCUGGGAUGGUGGGAUGAGAUGAUGGAAAGUCAGAGAAAAGCCCAGAGAAGCAAUGACCAUCUCCAAAAUGGUGGACCAAAAAAGGAAGGGUGCUUAGGGGUGACUUGGGACAGCUGUGGAUUUAGGACAGGACACUGGGAUGGAGAGAAUGGCAACGGAGGAAGCAUGAGUGCAGGGCAGGAAGGGAAGAUGUAAGGAAGGACCGCUGACUCUGUCGCGUGACUGGCAGAGGCGGCAGGGAAGCAGUGGAAGAUGGAGCAGAGGGGCUGCCAAACACACGAGUGUAAGAAAAAGGCAGGAUGGGCCUAGUAAGGUUCAGUCCACACCCAGAGUAGGAAAAGGGAGUUAGUGGGGUCUGGAGCAGCCGUGAGAUGGUGGUCCCCAGGAGCGAGUCAUGCGGGAAGAGAAAGGGACGGAAGAGGGGAGAAAAGCUCACGCAGGUCCUCGGGCUCAGGCACAGUCAAGGAGGCGCCGCGGCAAAGGGGAAGGCCACACGCAGCGCUCCCAGACUGGGGCUGUCGGCCGACCUUGAGGGGCCAGAGGACAGGCUUAUGCGGUACUGAGGCUAGGCAGCAGAGCAGAGACCCCACGCCUCGGUGUUUGAAUACCUGGGGCCCUCAGGAGCACGUAGGGAAAGGGGACCCAGUGACGGGGUGAAACUGAGGGAACAGGGCCGCGUGUCACACUGAGACGGAUCCUGCACAGAAACCACUGGCAGGUAAUCUCGGACCUGGGUAUGGACGCAUGUGGGUGGAGUCCAGCGGGUGGGUAGCAGAUAUGCUUAGAAAUGGAGGAGUGAGCAGGAAUCAAGGCAGAGGUGACAGUUUGCAACGAUCACUGAAUUCAUGCAUCUGUUAUUCCAGGGGGGUUGCAAAGAGUGGAGGUCUAACGUGUGGUGGAGACUCCACACAGGAAAGCUGGGAAAGAGGGGGACCAACAAAAUCUGUGGGGUGUCAGAGGUCUAGUCCGAGAAGGUAAUGUGGGCAGCAAAGUGGCCGAGGGAGAGAGCACGCAGUGGGAGGGCGGGGCCGUGGGAGAAGGGGGUCUGUGGGUCGGGAGGCUGGAUCUGAUGGACUACAGAGGGGGCAGGCAGAAUGGGAUGGAGAGUGAGAGGAGGGUCUUAAAACCUGCACAUGGGUUUUGUGAGGGGAGCAUGGCCAAGAGGGAAACGGGGCAAAGUGAGGAUCAGGACUGCAUCAUCGGGGAGUGGGAGGCCAAGGACGGUUGGCAAGGGUGCUUCUUAAAGCCUGAUGGAGGUGAAACAGAAGCAGUGGAGGCCUGGGAUAAAAGAGGGGGAGGAAGUGUGAGCUUGAUAAAGCCCUGAGGGCAAUGGCUUGAUUAGAGACAACAACAGAAGAAGGAAGGAGAGGCAGGGAGAAGAAAAGGGAGUCUAAAGGGAAUUGGUGGCCCGAGUCAGUGUAAACGCUGGAUAGGAGACAGCAGACGGUUUUGGAAAGGAUGUGGCAGGGAAGGGGAGGAAAGAGUGUGAGCGUGAUAGCAGGUCCAAGGAGGGAGCACCCCGACAGAGAAGGGAUGACCCCGUGCAACUUAAUGACGGGCACUGGGGAACUCUGAGAUCAUGGUUCCUAGAGAAGAGGAGGGCACUUUCCCUGGACAGGGAGGGAAAAGGAAGAAAUGGGUUGCAUGAGGAAGGGUCUCAGGAAGGAAUGUCCAAGUGGAGCCUUGAUGUGGCAUGACGGGAGGGUCACCUGCCAGAGACAGCGAUGAGAGGCACCCCGGGGAGGGUGGAGACUGGAGUGCAAUGGAAGGGAGACAGGCUGGACAACAA